GCGUACGUGCAGCAACCGACUCCGCCCAGCGAGGCGGAGCCUAGGGAAGCCGCGGGCGGCCGGCCGCGGUCCGGGAGCUGUUGCUGCUGCUGCGGCGGCUGCACCGGCGGCACCGAGGCCGAGAUCGAGGUCGGGGUGCGCGCUUAGCAAACGUGCCUUAUCCGUGCGGCUUGGUUGCGCCAGCCCUUGCGGCCACCCGGGCGUCUAGGCGGGUCUGUGCGCCGCCUCGGCGAGGAUGCGGCUGUUCCGGUGGCUGCUGAAGCAGCCGGUGCCCAAGCAGAUCGAGCGCUACUCGCGCUUCUCGCCGUCGCCGCUCUCUAUCAAACAGUUCCUGGACUUCGGGAGAGAUAAUGCAUGUGAGAAAACUUCAUAUAUGUUUCUACGAAAGGAACUUCCUGUGCGGCUGGCUAACACAAUGAGAGAAGUUAAUCUUCUGCCGGAUAAUUUACUUAACCGCCCUUCAGUGGGAUUGGUUCAGAGUUGGUAUAUGCAGAGUUUUCUUGAACUUUUAGAAUAUGAAAAUAAGAGCCCUGAGGAUCCACAGGUCUUGGAUAACUUUCUACAAGUUCUGAUUAAAGUCAGAAAUAGACACAAUGAUGUGGUUCCUACAAUGGCGCAAGGAGUGAUUGAAUACAAGGAGAAGUUUGGGUUUGAUCCUUUCAUUAGCACUAACAUCCAGUAUUUUCUGGAUCGGUUUUAUACCAACCGCAUCUCGUUCCGCAUGCUUAUUAAUCAGCACACACUUCUGUUUGGGGGUGACACUAAUCCUGUUCAUCCUAAACACAUAGGAAGUAUCGAUCCCACCUGUAAUGUGGCGGAUGUGGUGAAAGAUCAAUGCUGUCUCCAAGAAACCUUCCUGGAUGUGAGCGAUCCACCAGAUGCAUAUGAAACAGCCAAGAUGCUGUGUGAACAGUAUUACCUGGUAGCUCCAGAGCUGGAAGUUGAAGAAUUCAAUGCCAAAGCACCAGACAAACCUAUUCAGGUGGUUUAUGUGCCCUCACAUCUGUUUCAUAUGCUAUUUGAGUUGUUCAAGAACUCAAUGAGAGCGACAGUCGAACUCUAUGAAGACAGAAAAGAGGGCUACCCCGCUGUUAAAACCCUCGUUACUUUGGGUAAAGAAGACUUAUCCAUUAAGAUCAGUGACCUAGGCGGUGGUGUCCCACUUCGAAAAAUAGAUCGUCUUUUUAACUACAUGUAUUCGACUGCUCCUAGACCCAGCCUGGAGCCUACCAGAGCUGCCCCUUUGGCUGGAUUUGGUUAUGGUUUGCCAAUUUCCCGUCUGUAUGCUAGAUAUUUUCAAGGAGAUCUGAAACUGUAUUCCAUGGAAGGAGUGGGUACUGAUGCUGUCAUUUAUUUGAAGGCUCUUUCAAGUGAGUCAUUUGAGAGACUUCCAGUUUUUAAUAAGUCCGCAUGGCGCCAUUACAAGACCACGCCUGAAGCCGAUGAUUGGAGCAAUCCCAGCAGUGAACCCAGGGAUGCUUCAAAAUACAAAGCGAAACAGGACAAGAUCAAGACUAAUAGAACUUUCUAGAGGACUGAAUGCUCUGGUCCUCUCUGUGAAGAAAGAUUGCCUUCUGCAAGUCAACCAGAGAGAACUGCUUUCUCCCACCUGCUCUGAGCGUGGCAUCAUAGUUAUUCCUAGUGCUUGAAUGUGUAUUUUCUCUGUACCACCUGGACUUUCCCAAGGAGCUUUUCCUGUAGCUACUCCAGAUCUUCCACUAAAGUAGUAACUUUUUUAUGACAUCUUGUUGUGGUGUGAUUGAUGCCUGUCACCGAAGAGCACCGAGCCUCCUUACAGCUCUUGUGCCCUCGUACACUCCAUCUUGUUUUCAUAGCAUCUGAUGUCUUCAGUCCUUCCAGGAUUCUGUGCGCCUUUCCCAUUCCAGAUACAGCAGAUCGUACUGUUGCUCCUUGUGACCAAAUAUCAUAUUUGUCCCAAACCUCCAGCUAGGGCCCUGGGACCCUGGAAGCGGAAGACAUCAGCUGGCCACGCCCUGAUGAUUUAGUCCCAGAGCCCUCCGUCUCUCCCAUGCCUCCCUCCGCCACUCUAUGAUUUAGGCUUUUGCCUUCUUCCAUCUGAUCGGAUUCUCAUUGUGAGGUUGUGGCGACUUUCAUGUUAGAUCUUCUUCACUGAUGCCUUCGUUUUAUUUUAAAAUUCAUUUGUAUAUUUCUGUUGAUUAAAGCAUUCCAAAUGUUAUCUU